CAUUGUGUCUGUGUCGAGGCGUCGGGAGGGCCUAGGUCCGUGUGCAGCGCCCUUCGGCCGGCCUGAGCCCCAGAGUCAGCUCCCCAUUCUCGCCCAGCGCCCCCAGGCCGCUCCCGGGGCUCACGGAACAAUACCAAAACAUAUCAGAAAACAUCUAGAAUAGAAAGGAGAGCACAGACCCUAUUUGGAUCAAGUCAGCUCCCUGAGCCUGAAUGAUGACUGCAGAAUCCAGGGAAGCCACAGGUCUGUCCCCACAGGCUGCCCAAGAGAAGGAUGGUAUCGUGAUAGUGAAGGUAGAAGAGGAAGAUGAAGAAGACCACAUGUGGGGGCAGGAUUCCAGCCUGCAGGAGACGCCUCCUCCCGACCCAGAGAUUUUCCGCCAACGUUUCAGGCACUUCUGUUACCAGAACACUUUUGGGCCUCGAGAGGCUCUGAGUCGACUGAAGGAACUUUGUCAUCAGUGGCUACGACCAGAGAUAAACACCAAGGAGCAGAUCCUGGAGCUGCUGGUACUGGAGCAGUUCCUCUCCAUCCUGCCCAAGGAGCUCCAAGUCUGGCUGCAGGAGUACCGUCCUGAUAGUGGGGAGGAGGCCGUGACCCUUCUGGAAGAUUUGGAGCUUGAUUUGUCAGGACAGCAGGUCCCAGGUCAAGUUCAUGGGCCUGAGAUGCUUGCCAGAGGGAUGGUGCCCCUGGACCCAGUACAGGAGUCCUCGAGCUUUGACCUUCAUCAUGAGGCCACCCAGUCCCAUUUCAAGCAUUCAUCUCGGAAGCCUCGCCUCUUGCAGUCACGGGCUCUACCUGCCACCCACGUUGCUGCCCCUCAUCACGAGGGGAGUCCCAGAGACCAGGCGAUGGCAUCUGCACUAUUCACGGCAGAUUCCCAGGCAAUGGUGAAGAUCGAGGACAUGGCCGUGUCCCUCAUCCUGGAGGAAUGGGGAUGUCAGAACCUGGCUCGGAGGAAUCUCAAUAGGGACAACAGGCAGGAGAAUUAUGGGAAUGUGUUUUUCCAGGGUUGUGAAAAGAGGAACGAGAGUGAGGAGUCAGCCUCAAAGGCUGAAACCACAGAAGACUCAGCAUCACGUGGGGAGACAACAGGAAGAUUCCAGAAAGAUUUUGCAGAAAAACGUGAACAGCAGAGCAGAAUAGUAGAAAAGCAGCAGAAAAACCCUGAGGAAAAAACCAGGAGAGAAAAGAAAGAUUCAGGGCCAGCUACAGUCAAGGAAAAAAAACCCACCACGGGAGAGAGAGGUCCAAGGGAGAAGGGCAAAGGUUUGGGAAGAAGCUUUAGUCUGAGUUCAAACUUUAAUGCCCCCGAAGAGGUUCCGACAGGAACGAAGUCCCACAGAUGUGAUGAAUGUGGUAAAUGCUUCACAAGGAGUUCAAGCCUUAUUCGCCAUAAAAUAAUCCACACUGGAGAAAAGCCCUAUGAAUGUAGCGAGUGUGGGAAAGCCUUCAGUCUUAACUCAAAUCUUGUCCUGCAUCAGAGAAUCCACACAGGAGAGAAGCCUCAUGAAUGUAAUGAGUGUGGCAAAGCCUUCAGUCACAGUUCAAAUCUCAUUCUCCAUCAACGGAUCCACUCUGGAGAGAAACCUUAUGAAUGUAACGAGUGUGGGAAGGCCUUCAGCCAGAGCUCAGACCUUACUAAACAUCAGCGGAUCCACACAGGGGAGAAACCCUAUGAAUGUAGUGAGUGCGGAAAAGCUUUCAACCGAAACUCAUACCUUAUCUUGCACCGGAGAAUUCACACGCGAGAAAAGCCGUACAAAUGCACCAAGUGCGGCAAGGCCUUCACCCGGAGCUCAACCCUCACUCUGCACCACAGAAUCCACACCAGAGAGCGAGCCCCUGAGCGUUACAUUUGUGCCGAGUGCGGAAAGGCCUUUAGUAAUAGCUCAAAUCUCACUAAACACCGGAGAACACACACUGGGGAGAAACCAUAUGUGUGCACCAAAUGUGGGAAAGCUUUCAGUCACAGUUCCAACCUCACCCUUCAUUACAGAACACACUUGGUAGACCGGCCCUAUGACUGUAAGUGUGGGAAAGCCUUUGGUCAGAGCUCAGACCUCCUUAAGCAUCAGCGAAUGCACACUGAAGAGGCACCGUAUCAGUGUAAGGAUUGUGGGAAAGCUUUCAGUGGUAAAGGCAGCCUCAUUCGACACUACCGGAUACACACUGGGGAGAAACCUUACCAGUGUAAUGAGUGCGGGAAGAGCUUUAGCCAGCAUGCGGGUCUUAGUUCACAUCAGAGACUCCACACUGGAGAGAAGCCUUAUAAGUGUAAGGAGUGUGGGAAAGCCUUCAACCACAGCUCAAAUUUUAAUAAACAUCAUAGAAUCCAUACGGGGGAGAAGCCCUAUUGGUGUAAUCAUUGUGGAAAAACCUUCUGUAGUAAGUCCAAUCUUUCCAAACAUCAGAGGGUCCACACUGGAGAGGGAGAAAGACUUCCUGUGGGAGACAGACCCCAUAAGUGUGAUGAAUGUAGCAAGAGCUUUAAUCGAACUUCAGACCUUAUUCAACAUCAGAGAAUCCACACUGGGGAGAAACCCUAUGAAUGUAGUGAGUGUGGGAAGGCCUUCAGCCAGAGCUCACACCUUAUUCAGCACCAGAGAAUCCACACCGGAGAGAAACCUUACGAAUGUAACGAUUGUGGGAAGACCUUCAGUUGUAGCUCUGCUCUCAUUCUGCAUCGGAGGAUCCACACCGGGGAGAAGCCCUACGAAUGUAACGAAUGUGGGAAAACCUUUAGCUGGAGCUCUACCCUCACUCAUCAUCAGAGAAUCCACACUGGAGAGAAACCGUAUGCUUGUAAUGAAUGCGGGAAGGCUUUCAGUAGGAGCUCCACCCUCAUCCAUCACCAGAGAAUCCACACUGGAGAGAAGCCCUAUGAAUGUAAUGAGUGUGGGAAGGCCUUCAGCCAGAGCUCACACCUCUAUCAGCACCAGAGAAUCCACACUGGAGAGAAGCCCUAUGAAUGUAUGGAAUGUGGAGGAAAGUUUACGUAUAGUUCAGGCCUUAUUCAGCAUCAAAGAAUCCACACAGGGGAGAAUCCCUAUGAAUGUAGUGAGUGUGGGAAAGCGUUUAGGUAUAGCUCAGCCCUUGUUCGCCAUCAGAGAAUUCACACUGGAGAGAAGCCUUUGAAUGUGAUGGGAAUGAGCAAAAGUUCUCUCAGAGUUACUGCUGAAUUAAAUAUCAGAGAGUCUACAUGAAAGAGAGCCACACAUCUGUUUUCCUCACUUCCUCUGAGACUAAAGAGCUCCUGCCUUACUAUCUGAGUAUGAACAACUUAGAAUGUGUCCCUUCCGACCCAACCCUUUCACUUUAGAAAAUGGGACAAAUUGGGCAAAUCAUCCUGGCACAGUGGAGAGCUACCUAGUCUGUUUCCCCAAGGAUGACACCAGAAGGCGAGUGGCAGGUUAAGUGCCGCAAAUGAGCUCUGGGACCUGUCACCUUCCGUUCUGGAAGGGAGUUUGCACUAGACCAUUUUUCUCACACCCGAGGAGCCUUUCUUUCUAAGGUGGGGAAUGGAAGCACAGUAGGAAUAAAAUUCCAAGGAUUCCUGUAAUUGGAGUCAGCAUAUAGUCAGCACAGAAGGCGGUGGGAAGAAUGUUCUUGAGUCCUAUCUGAUAAGGGGAAUUGGAGGCUGUAUUUCAAAGCCACUGUUCCCAAUUAAGCUUUAAGUUUUGAUAAGGAAUGUGCUAUUUUUGUUGUCCUGUGACUUCAUUAAUUAUGGAAAAACUUGGUGCUGAGGGUAAUGUUAUUUUAUUUCGGGGGGGAACCCCAGGAGGUUUUCUGUGAUAACUAUUUUGGGGGGGGGUCCUUGGAGCAGCAAGUCCAGGAUUCCAAGAGCAGCAAGGCAGUUUUGUUAGAGAACUUGUACUUCCCUACUGUGACAGAUCUGAUUGGGAAAUCGCUCUGAUAAUCAGUAGGUCUAACAGGGAGAGGAUCAGAAGUGUUUAGCAUUGACCUGUUUCCCCUCCUCCUCCUCUCUCCCUGUUCCUCUCCUCACUCCUGUGUUGACAAGUGAUUUAAUCCAAACCCCCCAUUACUAGGAAAGCUUUUAUGGAGCUCACUCAGCCAGCUUGCCCUGCCCUCUAUCCCCUAUGCCCUAUGACAUCUGGCCCAGCAGCCAGAUCUCUCCUGACCACACCUCUGACUUCAGCAGCCAAGUAUGAAUGCAAAGAAAAAGCAAAGCCCAGAGAAGGGAGUCUCUGGCCUGACCAGGUCGCGUUGCUGGGUUAGGAUGGGGCUCCUGAGUUUACCCAGCUGAAGGAUGAUCUUUGGUUCUGUCUUCCCAAUCCUGCUCAUCCUGUAGCAUAAAAGAAGUGCACUAUUAAACAGAAUAGUUUUUUAGAAAGAGAUUGAGUGUGUUUUUGUGCAGGAGCACACAUUUAUUUCAGUUAAAAUAGGAAACCGUGACUAUAACUGGAAUUUUUAAAAACGAAUCUUUAAAAUAUUUUGCAGACAGCUGUUUUUCUUUCAGUCACAAACACAUGACCUCCUUCUCAAGACUCCAGGUAACUGCCACAGACUCCCAUUUACACAGCUGCUCCCACCUCAUACCCACAUGUUGGAUUUUGUGUGCUAUGUGCUCUGAAGACCAGCAACCAAAACUAGAAAGGUAUUACCAGGUGUGGGCCCCUGACAAGUGUGUCCUUGGAUGUUGAGUGGCAAUGGGCAUAUGUAGAUUUCUUGUUUGGGUGCUUGGUGGGACAGUAUUCCAGUCACGAGAAGGAAGACUGAGAUGAAAGUCUUAUGGAGAAGAUGAGGAAAUGUCUGGAACUGGCCUCUCAAAAACGGGAGCAUAUAUUGUGAUUGACCACCUAAUGUUUUUACUGUCUUAAAGCUAUAAUGAAACUCA